AUGAAACUGCUGCACUACUGUAAAGUAUUGUUAUUUUCCCUUCCAUUAAAUAUAUUGGUGCAUAAUAAAAAUAAACUAUAUAUAACACCACAACAUACACGAACUAAUAGGUUAUUAUGCGAGUGUGAAUUAUAUACACCCAUUUAUGAUGAUGACCCGGAAAUGAAAAAAGUAUUGCACGAUUUUGAUCGUCAAACCUCACAAAGAUUUAAAGAAUAUAACGAACGUAUGCAAGAAAAACUUAAAAAGUGUAAAGAACAAUGCGAUAAAGAUAUACAAAAAAUUAUUUUAAAAGAUAAAAUAGAAAAACAAAUGGUAGACAAAUUUUCAGCUUUAGAAACAAAUAUAGACAGUAAUGACAUACCCACUUGUAUUUGCAAAAAAACGUUAGCAGAUAAAGUGGAAAAAAGUUGUUUGAAAUGUACACAAAAUUUGGGAGGGAUUGUUACACCCUCUUCAGUAGUAUUAGGAGGAAUUGCUGAAUUGGGACUAAGUGCAUGGAAAACUACGGCACUUAAGGUCGCCAUUGAAGCAGCUAAGGAAGCAGGUGCUGCUAAGGGUUUGGCUAAAGUUCAAGCUAUGGGUUUUGCUAAUUUUUUUGAAGGAAUGAAAUCAGGGUUUUGUAUAAAAGAAUUAGAUAUUAAGUUAUUGAAAGCAGUUUUUAUUCAGCAAAAACGUGAAAAUUUCACAAAACUUGCUCAUUCUAUUUAUGUGCAAUAUAAUAAUAAGUGUGGAUUGGCCGUCGCUAAAAAUAGUUAUCAUACCUGCAAUUUUGGUAAAGCAUUAAAAUGUACUGAAUUAUGUAGUCAAGCAAACUGUUCAAACGAAGCUACUAUAGCAGAUGGAGUAAACAAAAUUCUUUCAACAGCUAAAAGUGCUGCUGCUAAUGAAACUGCCAAUGUUAUUGCUUCUGAAACAGCAGCAAUUGAAGCAACAAAAAAAGGAGCUAUAGAAACUACUUGUAUGAAUUGCCAUACUGCUAUUAUUGCUUCUAUUGUUGCAAUAGUAAUUAUAGUUAUGGUUAUGGUAAUUAUUUAUUUAAUUUUACGUUAA